GAGGAAAGUCCGGCAGAGAUGGGAAGGCCGAGGCUUCUGCUGGCUUCGACCCUCAUCGUCCUCCUAGCCUUUUCAACCCGCAGCGCCCGAGCCCAGGUGUGGACUAAUUACCCGAGCUACAACGACCUGGCUUCCCAGUUUUUGAUCCCCCAAAACCAAGUACGAGCUUCGGUUGGCGAGCCGCCCCUCGUCUGGGACCCGACCUUGGCGCAGUAUGCGGCGUGGUACGCGAGCCAGCGGGAAGGCGACUGCGCGCUCCAGCACUCCGGCGGCCCUUACGGCGAGAACAUAUUCUGGGGAGCCGGGACGGGCUGGAACCCCGCCGACGCCGUCAACAAUUGGGCGUCGGAGGCCCCGGACUACGACUACAACUCCAACUCCUGCGUCGACGGCCGCAUGUGUGGGCACUAUACGCAGAUCGUGUGGAGCUCGACGACGAGGGUGGGCUGCGCCAAGGUGGUGUGCGACGGUGAGGUUGGUGUGUUCAUGACCUGCAAUUAUGACCCGCCGGGCAACUACGUCGGCGAGCGACCAUACUGAGUUAUUGUGCUGCUUGCUUAAACCGGUGAUGGAGAGUGUGAAGAGUCUGAUCAAGGUGGGUCCUAGCUAGUCUGCAUUGAAUGGAAGCACUUUCUUCUUUUCUGCAGAGUGCAGCGUCAUGUACCUUGUAAACACUCUUUCUGUACCUACUUAUAUCAUUUCAUCGCUUCUCUCUCUCUCUCUC